GUUGCGUUCACCGGUCGCCCCCGGAGGAUGGCGCCUCUGCGGGGGGCGUCUUCUCCUGGGCGGUGGAGCCAGCGAACCUGAGCGAGGAUGAAGGCUUCGAGGUGAGCCUCCGCGAUGAGCCGGGGCCAAGAGACACGAAGCAGGAGAAGCAGGAAGACUUGGAGCGCCUGGGCUCCGACUUCGUCUUGAGCUUCCGGCGCGCGGAAGGCGGCUGGCGCUUCACCGCUGGCACUCGCAGCAGGCUCGUUUGUGGCGCGCAGAAGACGGUCUCGGACGCCUUCGGAUCCAAGGCAGGCCGCCAAAUGUUCUGGGCCGCCUGUUUGGAAGGCUCCGACGGCAAGCACUACGUCCUGGUAGGCACAGUGCCGGGGAUGCUCUCAGAGCACUUCUUCGUGGCCAAGGUUCGGUGGGGUGGGCUGGGCUGGGCUGGGCAGGGCUGGGCUGGGCUGGGCUGGGGUUCCACAAAUUUGGGAGUGGUAACCGACUACUAG